AUGGCUUCUUCAUCCCAUUAUCAUUAUCAUAAAGAUGAUGAUGAUGAGAUCGAUCUUGAUACUCCUUAUGAAGAAUUUUAUAACAAUUGUGCUCUCGUACAAGAACCAGAAGAGAGACAACGCCGUAAUGUUCAUGAAAGACACCGGGAAGAAGGCCACACCUUACUUUGGAAUGAUUAUUUUGCCGACAAUCCAACUUACUCUCCCGCUCUUUUCCGCCGACGGUUUAGAAUGAACAAAAGUUUGUUCCUGCGUAUUGUGAAUCGUUUCUCAACAGAGAUUCCGUAUUUUCGACUAUCAGAAGAUUGUACCGGACGGACAAGUCUCACACCUCUACAAAAAUGUACUGCAGCAAUUCGACAAUUGGCAUACGGUGCUGCGGCGGACUCGGUGGACGAAUAUAUCCGUCUAGGCGAAUCGACAGCUCGAAAAUGUUUGCACAAAUUUACCGCCGGAAUAAUAACCUUGUUUGGUGAAGAAUAUCUACGACGUCCAACACAGGACGAUCUGCAAAGACUAUUACAUAUCGGAGAACAACGUGGAUUUCCGGGGAUGCUUGGAAGCAUCGACUGUAUGCAUUGGGAGUGGAAGAAUUGCCCCACGGCUUGGAAAGGAAUGUACUCACGAGGAACCGGAAAACCGACAAUUGUGUUGGAGGCGGUAGCUUCGUAUGACCUAUGGAUAUGGCACGCGUUUUUUGGAGCACCAGGUACUAUGAACGAUUUAAAUAUUCUUGAUCGAUCACCUGUUUUUGACGAUAUUAUUAAUGGCAUCGCGCCAGAAGUGAACUUCUAUGUUAAUGAUAAUCAGUACCAUUUCGGAUAUUAUCUCACUGAUGGUAUUUAUCCGAAAUGGGCGGCUUUUAUUCAAUCUAUCCGACUACCACAAAAUCAGAAGCAUUCAUUAUUUGCUCAAACCCAAGAAUCAGUUCGAAAAGAUGUCGAGCGUGCCUUCGGAGUCCUUCAGGCUAGAUUUGCCGUUGUCAAAAAUCCGUCAAAGUUAUGGGAUAAAGAGAAAAUAGGAAAUGUUAUGAGAGCAUGUAUCAUACUCCAUAAUAUGAUUGUCGAAGAUGAACGGUCAUCAUUCACCCAGUAUAACAAAUUUGAGUUUCAACCAAGAGAAGUUCCGGAUACGUUUACCGUCAACAUGCCUUCGAAUAUCAGUGAAAAUGACAAAGUUGUAUUGUUUCCAAAUGUGGAUAAGGUAGAGGAAUGUCGAGUCCAAGAGAAGCUCAUCCCAAAUGAGGUGUACCCGAUGAUAAGGAUCCAGUCUUGCAAGCCCCAUUCUCCAUAA